CACUCAGACAUUAGUGUGGGUUAAACCCUCCCACCAUCUGUAGUUCUAACCAGGAAGAUCAACACAACACUCCACUCUACAGCUGUUGUAGCUUGUUUGGUCUGCAGCUCUUCACCUCUUUGUGUCAUAACUCAUAAUUAUCUCACUUGCCUCUCUGCGUUGAGGCUCAGUGCACGUAAACACAGGCAGGCAUGGCCCAUCUUUUCCAACAGGUUGCUUGCCUCAUCCAUAUGCUGCGUAACAAGAAGGCUGGAGGAAAGCAUCGGAGGGCUCGUCUUAUCAACAUGUCUAACUUUUUUUCUACUUUCCUGUGGUGACAACUCAGCCGAUUUUAGUUUGUCACACUGAAACGGCAGCACGUUCCCAUUGUGAGUGUAACACAACCAAAGUGAGGAAGCUGCUCAGUUCUCCGCAGACAGACACAACUGACAGGAAGGAAGGAACAGCUACCACGCGGCGACUCAACAAAAACUUUUAUCUUCAAUCACUCUUCAAACGCUAUCGCACCUUUCGUUCUCGGGGCUUUCUGGAAAUAUACACAAUAUGCUGACUAAAAGGGGGAACUAGAGCUUAGCGGCGCCCCGCCUCCCCUUGUCCAGUGCUCAGUGUCAUCUUUUAAACCCCCCCUACCUUAAUGUUACUUUGGUUUUAGUGUGGCACACAGACUGUUUGGAUCACUGCCUGGGCAGAUGGUGCUCAGUGUGUGGACUAGAAGCUGAGAAGGACUUCACUCCUCGUUUGUCAUGGGAUGCUGCAGUGUGACCCAGAGGCAUACUGGAGUGGACGAGGUGGGCCCUGAUGAGAUCGAGCUCCUGGAACUCUCAGGAGACAAUUUAGGAGUGUGGAGCCUGGGAGAAACCAGACUUCAGCUAUCAGUGAGGAACAGCAGAGAUGAGCUGCAGCCGCCAUCACGCAAACCUUCAAUACGACCCCUGGAACAAGAGGUGGUGCUGUGGGGCAGGAGCAGAGAUGAGCUCCACCACAGGAUUUACUCCCAGCAGCCAGUUAGGGGCUGGGAGGGCCAGCCUGCCCACGUGUAUGGAGUGAUCGUCUACUCGUCCCUGGUGUCUCUCUACAACAGCUACACACGAGAAACCAGUGAACACUUCCUGGUGUUGUUCUCUUUUCACCUGCUCAUCCUCUCUCUGGACCACUCUCAACAAGAUUUCAUUUAUGAGGGCAUCCUUCCCCUCUCUGGACUUUCCUUCCAAGCCGUCUCUCUGGACCCUGACGCGUCACAUUCACCACACAUGUUUCAGAUCAGCGGUCCAAUGAUGGACUCCAAGGUGUUCAUAUGCGCCAGUGCUGCAGAGCUACAGAAAUGGAUGCAACAUAUUGAAGACAGAAGCUACAAGUCCAUGUCGCAGCCCAUGAGUCCCUCGCACUGCGCCCUCUCCUAUCUAAUACCUUGUGACGAGAACUGGAAAAGAGAAGAACUGAAAAAAUACUUGCUCCAUGCUCCAAUAUGGCACUGGGAGGGUUCGCCCAUACAGCACAUGGGUCAGCCAGAAUACAUAUCCAUCAUUCACGUCAUCAACACACAGAGACAGGGACUCCAAGAGAGACUGAUGGUUCUCUUCCCUCAAGACGUCCUGCUGCUGUCUGUUGACAACCAGAGGCUGAAUAUAAAAUAUGAGGGCAGACUGGCCCGGAACGCCAUCAGAGCAGUGGAGAGGUCAGCCCUGCCUGGACGGCUGGAGUUUGAGAUCAUGGGUGAGAUGUUGGAGCCCCUGCAAGUGUCCUGCAUGAGCCAGGAGGAUUAUCAGAACUGGACCUUUCAGCUACAACAGCCAGACAGAAGCAGCCACAUUACUGGGAGUCACGCUCCACCUCCAAUCAUGCCAAAGCUGCACAGAAGCAGGAAGGAGUCCCAGGAACCGAUUAUAGCGGUCGACCAAUGCCACAUCAAUGGACGCAGCUGACCCAUCCGAAGCUUCUAAAUUCACUGUAAUUAUAAAAAAAAACAACACAUGUAGAUAAUAAUGUACAUAGUAUUGUUAAUCUCUGCUACAAAAUGCAUCACUGAAGAAAUGGUAUCACCCUAGUUUUGACAUAUGUGGGAGAUUUGGUCACUCUGAAGGGACUCAGAUACUUAUAGCUUUCUUUCAUGUUGGGACAAACAGAAAGAAGGUCAUGACCCAGAUGAAGAGCGGGACACAGCUGAUGAAAUGUUAGAUAUAGACACGGCAGAGACAAAAUAACUGUAGAAAGUAGAAACUGUACAUACCUGCAUGUAGAUGACUUUUUCCCAAUAAACUGUUUUUAAAAAAUG